AAUUUUAAUUCUACUUUUAAAUAGAAAUAUUAAAGACACCAUUAACACACUCACUCAGCUAGUGUGAGUCUCCACAGUGUGAGUUUGUUUUCUCUGGUUCUCAGAUCUCCAGGUGGAGGUUCCUGAGAGAGUGAUAGAGGGAGAUAAAGUCACUCUCACAUGUAAAACCACCUGCAGUCUGACAGUCAGACCAACAUUCACCUGGUACAGAAAUGGACAUCGUUUAUCCUCCAGUACUGACCAACUCCACCUGCAGCCGGUCAGCAGGGAGGAUGCAGGCAGGUAUCACUGUGCUGUACUGGGUCUGAACUCUCCUGAGGUCACUCUGAAUGUCAGAUAUGGCCCAAAGAGCGUCUCAGUGUCCAUCAGUCCCUCUGGUGAAAUAGUGGAGGGCAGUUCAGUGACUCUGACCUGCAGCAGUGAUGCAAACCCACCUGUGGAAUAUAACUGGUUUAAAGGAACAUCAUUAGUAUCAAAAGGAGAGACUUACACAAUGAACAAGAUCAGCUCUGUGGACAGUGGAGAAUACAAGUGCAGAUCCAGUAAUGAACAUGGAGAGAAACUCUCUGAAGCUCUAACUCUGAAUGUUUUGUAUCCUCCAAAGAGCAUCUCAGUGUCCAUCAGUCCCUCUGGUGAAAUAGUGGAGGGCAGUUCAGUGACUCUGACCUGCAGCAGUGAUGCAAACCCACCUGUGCAGAACUACACCUGGUUUAAAGAAGGUGGAAGCUCACCUGUAGGAUCUGGACACAGUUACAGGGCUCUACAGAGUGGAUCCUACUACUGUGUGGCUCAGAAUGAACACGGAUCUCAGAAAUCAGCUGCAGUGACUGUCACUGAAAAAGGAGUUGGGAAUUCAGCUCUAUAUGCAGUUAUUGGAGUCACAGCUGGAUGUGGAUGUUUAUCUGUUAUCAUUGCUGUAUUUUGUGUAAGGAGAAAGAGAAAAGGCAAUUCAGCUGAUGAUGCAAACCAAGAACAGGAAAAUCUCUACAGUAAUGUGGCAGUAAGACCUGCAACCAGUGAUUCAGCAGCUGAUCCAGAUCCGUCCAAUCAGGAUGAUGGUGAUUAUGACAAUGUUGUACCCCAGAGAGUCAGAAACCCCAGGAAUGCUGAGAGCUCUGCAGUGGCAGCUUCUGCCUUUGGGGCUGAUGAGGAGGUUCAGUACGCCAGCGUCCAGCACCGCCGUGAUAAAGUGGUAGAGAAGACUAAAGUGGACGCUCAGUAUGCGAGUGUAAGAUUUAGCCGCACUGGUGCUGCCAACAGGGCUGCUACUUCCACACUUGAGGACCCCUCAGUGAUCUACUGCAGUGUGAAAUAACCAACAUUCACAGAUCUGUUCAGGACCACCGUUAUGACCCAUGGACAGAACUUCAUCUGCAUCUAUUGGAAUCUCACUGGAAAGAGAAGACAAGCUCUCUGUUUCAUCUACACCUCCUUUUCUGUAUGACCGUUCUGUGGAUUAGUCCUUCUGAUAGUGACAGGAUACUUACUGGACUAACUUUCACCUUUUCAAAAGGGACCAUUUUCAACAUUUCAGAUUAGAAAUACUAUAAAUACUUGAAUCGACAAGACUGAACCACUUAUUGGAUAUAAAACUCAAAGUAAUCAACCUCAAGCGAAAUCAAGUUGGGACAUCAGUCAAAACUUUCCCAUUGGUUUUUAUUCUAACAACAGCAAUACUUGACUCAUCUCUACAGCACACCAUGUGUAACAGCGCCACCACCUGGAGAAUAUGGAGCCCAACAAUUAAAUCAUACGAUCACCAGUAGUUCACUGACUGCACACAGUAUCAGCUUUUACUGUAACUAAAAUUUGACUAUCCAGUCUGUGUGUUUUGUAGCGCUGAGCUGAUUUACACACUGGAGUUUGAUCUUUUUAUUACUUCUAUCACUGAUAGAAAAGUGGUGUAGACAGUGUGUAAGAUUAUUUAAAGGACUCUGAUUCAAUCAAAAAGCUCACAGUAGUAACUGAUGUCAGUCUUACACAGUGAUCUUACCAUCUAACAAGAGUUUGGUUGCUCAGCCACAGCACCACACUGAUGAUGAAUCAUGGGAAAACAGCUGGUUCCAGUUGUACUUUCUAUAUUAAUCUGUUAGAUUCAGAGAUUUUAUAUCAGGUCGUGAGGCUGAUCACACAAUACAACGUCUGACAGAAAUCAUCCUGAUACUGUGAAGAUUUUAAUUUAUUAAUAAACUGUAAUUUUGAAGUUUUCAGUACAAGCAUGUAUUUUCAAUAUUGAUCAGUUUGAAGGAAGUACAAUAAUAGAUCUUUUCAUUGUUUCUCUCUGUUUGUGGUAUAUUAUUGUCCUUUAUUGUUCAUAUUUCUCCCUCCCAACAAGCUGUUCUCCCAUUGUGAUAAAAGUGGAUCUGAUCCUUGGUAGAAUAUUGA